AGCAGGCCUCAUCAGCCAGUAGUUCCUCAGAGCUCCCAUCAACUCUCUCUGACAGACAUGAGGCCGGAGCUUGUACUACUGCUAGUACUGCUAGCCACUGGUCGGGCUGCAGAGGAGUCUUGUAUUGAGCGGUGUGAGAAUGGCUUUAAUGCAACAAAACGGUGCCAGUGCGACUCCAUGUGCACAUACUACCAGAGCUGCUGCAGUGAUUAUGAGUCUGUCUGCCGUAUUAGAGCUCGUGGAGACACCUUCCCAGCUUUUCCUGAGGAUGAGGAGAACAGCACAGCGGUGAUACCUACACUCAGCACUGAGAGCAGGAGUCCAGUCUCCCUACGCCCUUCUCCUACUCAAAAACUCACUCUAUUCGGUACAGUCAUACCAACCCCUGACCCUGAUGCUGAGGUGUGCAGUGGAAGACCAUUUGAUUCUUUCAUGCAGCUCAAAAAUGGCUCAAUCUAUGCCUUCAGAGGAAAGUAUUUCUUUGAGCUGGAUGAGAAGUCAGUGUUGCCAGGUUACCCAAAGCCCAUUGAAGACAUUUGGGGAAUAAAAGGUCCUAUAGAUGCAGCAUUCACACGCAUAAACUGCCAAGGAAAGACCUACAUCUUCAAGGGUAACAAGUACUGGAGGUUCGACAAUGGAGUCCUAGAUGAAGAUUUUCCGAGGGAUAUCUCUGUGGGUUUUGAAAAAGUACCAGAUCACUUGGAUGCUGCCUUUGCCAUCCCUGCUCACAGCCACCAUGGCAAAGAGAAGGUUUACUUUUUUAAAGGUGACCGGUAUUAUCAGUAUGAGUUUAAACACCAGCCGUCCCACGAGGAAUGCAUUCAGCUGUACAUGAGUUCCCCUUCUGCACUCUUCAGCCGAUACACAGACCUAUACUAUGACCGCUGGACAGAGCAUUUCAACCAACUCUUCAGUGGAUUUCAAAGUCAUCACGGCACCCAUCAUUUCAUCGAUAAGGACUGGAUUGGUAUCAAAUCCCCAGUGGAUGCUGUGCUGGCUGGAAGGCUAUAUGUAUCUCCUAGACAUUUACAACGGCCCAGUAGGAGGCGCCAGGAUGAUGACCAGCAGUGGGGUCAACAAGGGGGCCAACAAUGGGACCAGCAGUGGGACCAGCAGUGGGGUCAACAGUGGGGCUCCAGACGCAGACAGAACCGAUCUCCAUACUGGGACACUAUAGCAGAGAGGGGUAUCAGCAUUGGACAGGUUGCUCAGAGGUUUGGACAAGAACGCUGGAGAGACCAAGACAGGCGAAGGAAUGGCUAUCGACGGCAGUAUGACUACGAUUAUGACUACAGAUACAGCCCGUCUGAGGAUGUGGUCUUUGACAUACUGCGUAGGAGGCAACCUUUACAGAGUGUCUACUUUUUUAAAGGAGAUCAGUACUACAGGGUAGAUUUGAAGACUAAGCGAGUUGACCGCGUCUUUCCUCCAUACCCAAGAUCUAUUGGCAAAUACUGGCUGGGCUGUCCAGACAAACCAGGAGCAGAGAAAAGAUGAGUCUGUCUGUAAAACUCUGGACUGUGUAGUCCUUGUAGUUAGGAGCAGAGAGUAAUAUACAUGAAAAGUUUCAUGAAAGGCAAAUGUAAAGCAGCAUAGUAUGCAUAACAUAAUAGCAUAUGCACUGUGUUCAAUCUGAGUAGAUUUCCAAAUCCUGAUUUAAAUUUAUGUUCUCCACAAAUAUCACAUUUAAACAAAUUUCCCCUUACCUCAGCUGUCAUGUAUCAUGUCAUGUGCUGAAUCUAUAAGGCUAAUGAAGCCAAUAAGUAAGCUAAGGGGAUUUGUACAGUAUUGUAUGAUAAGUCAGAAGCGAUUCAGAUCAAGAAAUUGUUUCAGAUUGAUUUGUGUAUUAAAUUUUUUUAAACAUAAUCUUCUUACUACUUAUUACUUACUUAAAUAAUGUCUUUUAAGAUGAACAUGUGAUCAUAUAGUCAUGCAGUUUGCACAAUGUUAUCCUUACAUUAGCCUUACGUUAGCGUUGUAGCUCCAUUUUAAAAGUAAAGAAGCACAUAGAGGAACUGGAACAUGUCUAGGCUGAUGAGGUAAUUGGAAAACUUCACCACACUGCACAACUACAAACUGUGCCAUCCCUUUAACUAAUAUUCUUGGGAUUUUUCUUCUUUGAAAGAAAUUCAGUAAAACUGAAAGCAGUACACCUUUGGUUGAGAUUGUGUGACUUGCAGUCAUAUGUAUGAACUCCAACAUCCAAUCCAGGAGACCAGGCCCUGCCUAUUCUUCUAGACACAGAUGUACUAGAUUUGGCCGGUGCAAACAGGUCAACUCAUAGGCAUGGUGUAAAGUCCACUCUGUAAUCUGUACUAACUGAUUGCAACUCCUGUUAAUACUUUUGCCCAUUCGGGACUAUUUUUUGCUAUUAGUAGUUAUGAAUUAUCAUUCCAGAUCUACAUUUGUUUUUGAGACCAUUCUUUAGCCACAUAAAGGUUAUAUAUUUAUAUAUUUAGGGUAGCCUUUACUGGCAAAUAAUUACUUCCUGCCUCACCUUUCACUGAGUGAAAAAUUAUUUAGAUUCAGGCCAUUGACAAGGAACAUGAUAUGCUAUAGAAUUACCAUAUAUUUUCCAAAAUUAUCAUAUUUGACCUGGUGAGCAAGUUGCAAGACAACAUGUAUAAUUGACAACAUGUAACAUGUCUGCAAGCAUGCCAAAGUAAAUACUACUUGUCUAUUAGUGUCUAUUAAUGUGUCUUUCUGAUCACAUAACAAUAAAACAUGCAGCAAUACUAUU